GGUGCGCGCAUAGUGCAAAUUAUUUUUUAUAUACGGCUCCAUUUAAUCGCUAUUUUCAACCGGCGUUUAUCCAUUAUCACUGUAGCCACGACCUUGGCAUUGCACUACAUUGCAGGAUGUAACAUUAUUUUCCGACUGACAGAUUCAGUACAAGACAAUAUUAAACCAACAGUAUUUUCCAAAGAGAAAAGAAUUCAUGUUUGAAUUUACAAGGCAUAAUUAUCUGAUAGUUCCUAGCUUCACUUGUACAUUGUUUCAAGUGAAGAAGAAAGAUUUACAAUUGUUAAAUCGAUAUUGGUGAGCUUAUUAAUCACCUAUAUUAGAAAAAGAGUAGAUUUAUAUUACAACAUACUUAUCUUACAAUUAUGGCAACAAAGGUACAGCAUUAUGAUCCACCAAGCUCUGCCAGUUCUGAAAGUGAUGAAUGUGAGCCAUGUUUAGAAGAUCGAGAAUUGUUCUUUACUGAGGAAUUUACUGAUGAGUAUCAUAGAGAUAUGGGCACACCAACUCCAAUUCCUGUUUCGCCAAGACCUCCAUCAGCUGGCUCUCAAAAAUCUCCUCAUUCACGCAGACAGAGGACAACAAGUUGUUCUCAAUCUAACAAGAAGACUGCAGCUGAGUCAAUAUUACAAAGCAAAACUAGGACUAUUUAUACAGCUGGUAGGCCACCUUGGUACAACUCUGCUGGACAACAGGUUGAGCCUUUUGUGAUAGGAAUAUGUGGUGGCAGUGCAUCUGGUAAAACUACUGUUGCAACAAAAAUAAUUGAAUCUCUUGAUGUACCAUGGGUGACAUUACUUAGCAUGGACUCAUUUUACAAAGUUUUGAAUGAAAAGCAGCAUGAAAUGGCAGCUUGUAAUGAAUAUAAUUUUGAUCAUCCUGAUGCUUUUGAUUUUGAACUGCUCAAAACUACCCUGCAACGUUUAAAAGAAGGUAGAAAAGUGGAGGUACCUAUUUAUAAUUUUGUAACACACAGAAGAGAAGCUAGAACUAAGAUGAUGUAUGGUGCAAAUGUUAUUAUAUUUGAAGGAAUCUUAACAUUUUACGAUCCUGAUGUUAUGAAACUGUGUGAUAUAAAAGUCUUUGUAGAUACAGAUGCUGAUGUAAGAUUAGCUCGCCGUUUAAGGAGAGAUAUUACACAAAGAGGCAGAGACUUGGAUGGUGUAUUAAAACAAUAUAGUACAAUGGUUAAACCAUCUUUUUAUUACUACAUUGCACCUUCUAUGGUGCAUGCAGAUAUUAUUGUACCUCGUGGAGGAGACAAUGAAGUUGCUAUAGAAUUAAUUGUCCAGCAUGUCCAUACACAACUCCAAUUAAGGGGAUUCAAACUGAGAGAAAAGCUAGCUCAUUCUUACAUUGGACAACCUCUUCCAGAUUCACUAUUCUUACUUCCAGAUACACCACAAAUAAAAGGCCUGCAUACUUUUAUACGCAACAAAAAUACACACAGAGAUGAAUUUAUAUUUUAUUCAAAACGUUUGAUACGUUUAGUAAUUGAAUAUGCAUUGUCUCUGCUACCAUUUAAAGGAUUAACAGUUGAAACUCCACAGGGUGUAUUAUAUACUGGAAGAAGAUGUGCCACUAAUAAGAUUUGUGGUGUAUCUAUAUUGAGAGCAGGAGAGACAAUGGAGCAAGCUGUGCGCGAUGUUUGCAAGGACAUAAGAAUUGGAAAAAUAUUAAUUCAAACAAAUCAGCAAACUGCAGAGCCAGAAUUAUAUUAUCUUAGAUUGCCGAAGGACAUAAAAGACUACAGAGUACUGUUGAUGGAUGCAACAGUAGCCACAGGAGCAGCAGCAAUGAUGGCCAUAAGAGUACUUUUAGAUCAUGAUGUUGCUGAGGAGCGUAUCAUGCUUGUUUCCCUACUUAUGGCUGAGUCAGGAGUACAUUCGAUAGCCUAUGCCUUUCCUAAUGUAAAAAUAGUUACUUCUGCACUCGAUCCGGAAAUAAAUGAAAAGUUCUAUGUACUGCCAGGUAUAGGUAAUUUUGGCGAUCGAUACUUUGGAACUGAGCCAUCUCGAGUUGAUGAUUAGCUUUUAACUAUUGAUAGUUAUUCAAAAUCUACCAAUGUGUUAAAGGUACAAAGAAUAAUGCAUAUAUUGAUUUUUAACAAAGAAUACUGUGAUUCUUCCAAUUUUCAAAGAUCUGUUCAAAACUAUUGUAAAUAUUUUUUUAAAUUUUUCAAGUCAUUUACUAUUAAUAAAUUAUGACUCUUUAGCGGCCGAACAAAUCGCGCGUAACGACAGCUUCGCACGCAAAAAAAAUAUUUCCAACAGACUUUGCACAAAGUCAUUACUUCUCUUAACAAUUUUCCAAGUGCGAAAUUUACACUUUUUUUCAGUAACAAUAUUUUUAGUCUUCGCUCGCAAAAACCAAGGAAUCAGAAAAGAGAUUCGCUCGCGAAAGGUGUUGCCGGCUGUUUUCGGGCGCGAAAUUUAUUAAUAUAUAAAAAAUUGUUCGAGGUUUAAGUCGGGGAACAACACUGUCAAUCAAUUCGAAUCCAUUGAGACAUUAGUUUUUUGACAAAAACAAAAAUUAAGAAUUUUCGCGCGCGAAAACGGUAGGCAACACGUUUCGCGCGAGAAUCUCUUUUUCCUCGAUUUUCGCGCGAGAAUCUCUUUUUCCUCGAUUUUCACGCGUGAAUACCACACAUGAAAAAGUAUCAAAAGAAGCAAUGACUUCGUGCGCAAAAUCUGUUAGCAAUUUUUUUUUGCAUGCUAAGUAAAUUUUCCUCCUUCGUUAGCGAAAAAUGGAGGUCAACGUUACCGCUAGAAAAUUUUUUUCAGGGUCCCUAGAAAUUAUCCCAUUUAAUAUAAUACAAUAAUUUCUAGGGACCCUGAGAAACAUUUUCCAACGGCAAUGCUGGUGAUGAUCGCAUAUCCACGAAGAAGUGACGUUUCGCGCGCAAUUUGCACGCCUGCUAUAGUCCAAUCAAUAGAGGCAAAAAACGGUCAUUUUUGACGAAAAUUCAGAAAUGGAAAAACUCGACGAAAAUAUGUCAGAAAUGUUGUAAAUAGAUGCCCUGUAUAUCAUGUAACUCGAGAUUUUGCAUUAGUCUUUUUUAAGAGGUCAAAGUUUGUAAAAACGUGUUUUUGAAGUCUGUAAGCCAUGGUUUGCAUUUUAGGUAAAAACGUUUAGAUAUAAGUUGUAGAGAAAUUCAAAAGCUACAUUUUGAGCUAUUGCACGAUAAUUUUCGUUUAUUAGUUAUUGCAAAAUGUAUCAAUAACUGUUGAAAAUGGCCAUUUUUAAGAUAUCAAAUAUUUAUUGCAAAAUUAAUAUUUUUUUAUUUUUUGUUGUUGUUAUUAAAAGAAAGCUCUUACAAUUCUGUAAAAAAUGAUCUCUCGUUUGAUUGAAUAUAUGUAUUAGUUGCUCAGAUCUUUUAAUUAGUUAACUAAGAGGUGGCUAAAGUACGGAGCCCUAACUUUUUUUAGCUGAAAGGAUUGAAUUGCAAAUCGGUUCAAUCUCUUCGUCAAAACAUCAACUUUGAUAAUUCACCAGUGGUGAAUGAAAAAAUUUUGUUUCAACCCAUUGUUUUUAUCUUAAAAAAAACAACGCUUUUUUUGGUUAUAAAUAAAUGUAUUUGUGGUUUCCAUGUACAUUGCAUAUUCUUUAAACCUGACUAUUUGGAUAGCUGGAUUCACGACGGAUAUUUAAUAAAAAAGUUUUAAUUCUGAUUAAUAGGAGCAGAGUUUGAUUUUUUAUUUGAAUUGCAGUUGUCGUAAAAAUAGAAAUCAAGAAGUAAAUAUAGUGGCAUUUGAUACUUAAUGAGUUGUACUUUUUCUUAUCCUUGCUACAUUUCCAAAAUUUUGUGUCUUUAAUAUUCACAAUAAGGUUUGAAAUAAAGUGCUUGUAAAAGUCAAAAGCAGAACGCGGUGGUAUAGGGGAACUCAUCCUGCCCAUGUUCUCGAGCUCGAAAAAACUGAAAUCUCGCAUAUUGAUGUGCUCAGAAAAAUUGAAUGAAUUUCAUUGAAUGAUGCACCAAUUUCAAUAUUUCUUUUAAUCGGGGGUAGCUUCGGAAAAUAUUAACAAUUACAUCUUUCUUAUAUAUGUAUUAUCUAUCUAUUAUUAUUUGCUACAUUUAUAUGGUUAGUUACAAGUUACAUGGUUAAAUGGUAAUAAUAUAGAAAUCAAUAGUCUGCAAACUAC